CGGCGGGAGCGCCGCGGCCGCCAUGGCUCCCCCGCGCAUCCCGCUCCUGCUCCCGCUCCUCAUCCUCGCCCUCCUCCCGCGGGCCGGCGGCCGCAGCGACCUGCGGGCCUUCGUGGUCGCCCACAGCCACAUGGAUGUCGGCUGGAUUUACACGGUGCAGGAAAGUAUGCAUGCUUAUGCAGCAAAUGUCUACACAACUGUUAUAGAAGAGCUAAUGAAAGGAAAACAGCGCAAAUUUAUUGCAGUGGAGCAGGAAUUCUUUCGACUCUGGUGGGAUGGGGUAGCCACAGAUGCACAGAAGCAGCAGGUCCAUCAGUUGCUUCAGGAGGGACGACUGGAAUUUGUCAUUGGAGGACAAGUGAUGCAUGAUGAAGCUGUGACAUUAAUUGAUGAUCAGAUUUUACAGUUGACGGAAGGCCAUGGAUUUUUGUAUGAAACUUUUGGGUUCAGGCCUCAGUUUUCUUGGCAUGUUGAUCCUUUCGGAGCUUCAGCUACAACACCAACUCUUUUUGCUCUGGCUGGUUUUAAUGCUCAUCUUAUUUCUCGGAUUGAUUAUGAUCUGAAGGCUGACAUGCAGAAAAACAAGAAGCUUCAGUUUGUCUGGCAGGGUUCUCCUUCCUUGUCUGAAAGACAGGAGAUCUUCACCCAUGUUAUGGAUCAGUACAGCUACUGUACUCCAUCGCAGUUACCUUUUUCAAACAGGUCAGCGUUUUAUUGGAAUGGAUUUGCAACUUUCCCAGAUCCCCCAAAAGAUGGUGUUUAUCCAAACAUGAGUCUCCCUGUUACAGAUGCUAACCUCCAUCAGUAUGCACAAACCAUGGUGGCAAACAUUAAGGAGAGAGCAGCCUGGUUCCGAACAAGUGAUGUGUUGUGGCCCUGGGGCUGUGACAAACAGUUCUUUAAUGCAUCUGUUCAGUACUCUAACAUGGACUUGUUGUUGGAUUACAUUAACGAGCAUUCUGAUGAGUUUGGAGUGACUGUCCAGUAUGCCACUGUUGGUGAUUACUUCCAAGCGGUUUAUAGCAGGAAUCUGACAUGGGAAAUUCGGAACUCUCAAGACUUUCUCCCAUAUUCAACAGAGCCAUUUCAAGCGUGGACUGGGUUUUAUACCUCUCGGAGCACGUUGAAAGGAAUUGCAAGGAGAGCAAGUUCACUGCUUUAUGCUGGAGAAUCCUUUUUCACACAGUACGUCCUGAAACACCCAGGAGGUUCUAUUUGCAAGUGUAAAGCCUUAAAGCAACUUCAGAGUCUUAGAUGGGCAGUUUCAGAGGUCCAGCACCACGAUGGUAUAACAGGCACAGAGUCUCCCAAGGUGAGGGACAUGUACAUGACUAACUUGAUGUAUGGAGUGUUCAACGUAAAGAAGCUGAUGGCUUCCAUAAUCUUUGACAUGAACGAUGCAAAGAAGAACAGAGAGGUCUAUUCUUCUGUUUACCCUAAAGACUCAGGAAUAUCAGGGGCUGCAGAGGUUGACCAGUAUGUUGUUGUUUACAAUCCACUGGCAUGGAACAUCACUACCUUUGUCACAGUUUCUGUGGGCAACUUGGCAAUGAGUGUAUAUGAUGAGCUGGGGCAUCCUGUACCUGCACAGGUUCAAACCUCAGUGGAGUCCCCAUCUACCUAUGAUCUGUAUAUCCUAGUUGCAAUAAGUGGUCUGAGCUACAGAAAAUACAGUGUUAAACCCUUGGAUGGUAAGCAGUCUGCAUUUAUUGGGAGAUCAAUCAAGUACAAACGAAGAGACAUAACUCGUGCAGGUCAACAAAGUCAACAGUUGUUUCCUGUGGUUAACAACUGCUACCAGGUGCUGUUUGACCAAAGCACGAAUCUAAUGCACAGCAUUACAGAGAGGGAGACUAACCAGAGUGUCCAGUUGACCCAGGAGUUCCUUGAGUACCAUGUGAAUGGAGACACGACAAAAGGGCCAAUUUCAGAUAACUACUUAUUUGGCCCAAAUGCUUCAGCUGUUCCAGUAUCAAAAGCAGUGGGGUUGGAAGUGGUUUCUGGAGCCUUGAUGACAGAGAUACGGCAGUAUUUCUACAGUAAUAUUACUUCUCAGGAUUACCUGUAUGCAGUGUACACCAGGAUUUAUGCAGUACCAGAAGGCUACGAUGGGAAGCUGCUUUGCCAUAGGAUAGAGCAAGAAUACAGUGUUGGGCCUUUGGAAUUAAAUCGUGAAGCAGUUCUAAGAACAAGCACAAAUUUGAACACUGAGCAGCUUCUCUACACUGACAACAAUGGAUAUCAGAUGCAGAAAAGACUGUUCAAGGCGUACGUGAAUAACACAGUGGCUCGGAACUAUUAUCCUAUGGUCCAGACUGCCUACAUUGAAGAUGAUACCACAAGGCUGAUGCUGCUUGCGGAAAGAGCUCAUGGUGUAUCAAGUCAAGGGAAUGGACAAGUGGAGGUGAUGCUACACAGGAGGCUAUGGAACAACCUUGAGUGGAACGUGAAUAACAAUCUCACUUUAAAUGACUCUUCAGUGGUUCGUCCUGUAAUUUGGCUCAUUUUAGGAACUAAGGCUGUCACCAAUGUUUUGUAUCGGACAAGUGGACUGGCAUUAGAACAUAGGCCAGUAGUAAUGUUUGGAGCAUUAUCAGGAGAUAAACCAAAGCUACCUGGACAACACCAGCAGAAUUCAGUCCACGGCUCACCUGUGACUGUGCCACCUAAUCUCCAUCUCCAGACCCUGAGCAUUCCAGGGUGGAGGUACAGCUCUAAUCAUGCAGAGCAGAUCCGCAGCAUCCGCAUGGGUAAACAGAAGGAAGGUGAUGCAGAUUUCAGUCGUGUCCUCCUAAGAAUUAGACACUUGUAUGAAGUUGGAGAGGAUCCUGUGCUGUCUAAACCUGUCAUGGUAGAUCUGAAGUCUUUGCUUAAGGGAUUAGGAUCAGUGACGGCAGUGGAAGAGCGAUCACUCACAGGCACCUGGGAUGUGAACACUUUGAAACGGUGGAAAUGGAAGACUGCACAAUAUCCAAGCAAAGGAUUCUUCAACAGCACAAAGACAUCAGAAAAUUUUACAGUAACUGUUUACCCAAAGGAAAUAAGGACUUUCUUUGUGUACUUUCAGAGUCAAUAAAGUUUGGCAAUGUAUUUCAGGAAUGAGUAUGUAAUACCGUCCAAUUUGUAUGUCAAGAUACAAGUGAUGAUCUUGAAAAACAUUCUACUAUUAAUGAAAGAAAAAAUAAUUUUUGAAUAAAUUCUAAAUUGAAUUAAACUGUUGACCUAAGUUGUGGGUAUUUUUGUUGAUUAAUUAUUUACAACUCUUUUUUUUUUUUCCCCUGAAAUUUUUUCAGUGCAAAAAUGACCUUGGUGUUGCAAAGCAAGCAUAUUGGACAUUUUUGUGCUUGCUGUGGAUGGUUUUAAAGUGAUUGAUUCUAUAACGCUUCACUGGGGAGCACUAACAAAGUCAUAUUAGUCCUACAAAUUUGAAUUGCUUUUCUUAUUAGUGGUGAUUUUAAGAGUCUUCUUAAGACUUUAAUUGUUAGAGGAGAUGACUUCCAAAUCACAGAAUAGUGAUUUGACAAAUGAUGUUCUGUUCCUACAUGCAAGGAGAAAUGUCUGCUGUGUUUCAGCUUCUUUGUCUUUUGGGCAACAACUGCAAACUUUCUACUUUGCUGUAAACUGAAAUGGAAUGUACUGGUUGUAUUCCUUUGCCCUAAGUUGAUUUAAAUUGUGUCUCCUAAGGUUCAGAACUGAUGGACUUUGCCUGACAGAAUCCUGGUCCUGGACGUUCACUCUUGUGUUCUGGGUAAAGGGAAGCUGGUUUGUCAACAGAAGGUCUCUUGCCCUAUGGCCAGUAACUUACAGUAACAUCAUGUAACCUGAAGGAGCAAUAUUAUUCUUAAGAUACUGUGAACUUACUUCCUUCUCAGCUCAGAGAAUGUGCACAGUGGUAGCAGGAAAUGUUUCAUUAACAACAAAUCGAGGUUAAUUGUGGAGUGCUGUGUGCAGAGGUUAAACUGGCAGUAAGUGCAAAUUCUAAGCAGAUCUGAAUGAGCACCAGCAAAAGGAAACUUGAACAGCAACUAGAUUUCCUAAUAGCUGGUGUGCAUUUACGUCCAAAAUAAAAACUGCAUUUCUCUAUUUUUCUUCUUAGCUCUAAACAAUGUGGAGCUAUAGAAUCUUAUUCUUUUCACAUGCCAUUGGGCAUCUCUACUGUUUUACUUGUUCACCAUGAAAGUACCCAUAUAUGAGAUGAGAAUCAAGUCAGUCACUUCACUGCAGUGAUAAUGAUGAAUUAUGCUUGGUGCAACACUGUGCAAAACUGUAUUUCUGAUGAGUGAAACAUAAAACUGAAAGAGGAAACAGAGAGGAAAAUGGGUGCCUUUUCAGCCAGUUAUAAUCCCAGAUCUAGAAUCACAUAAAAAUGACUCUGAUUUACUUCAGCUGUUCAGCAAUAAUUAACUCCACUUGGAGACACCGUUCAAGAACAAAGGAAAAAGAGUGAAAAGGGCUCUUCCAGAAUAGCUGUUGGGAAACAGUUAUGCUGAAGAACUGUGCUGGUGGUCAGUUUUGCAUGAAGACAGCCUGUGUAUACUCACUGGUUUCAUCUCAUUAAAAUCACUGCAGAAACUACCACAUUCACUUACUGGAUGAAGAAGGGUUGUUUCAUAUUUCUAUUGGUUGUUUUUCAUACUUGGCUAUAAAUACUUGGUGAUGUGCCAGUCUGACCUGCUUUGCUGCAGUGAAAGCCAUUUUCCUGCAACAUUAAGCCCAAAGGGGAAGCACAUAGCCCUGUAAGUAGGAGGCAGUAAAGUGUGAUGGCAGGUGUUUCUCACUUUGUUUUGUGUAUGUAUUUGGGAAAUGAAGUGUCUUCAACUGAGUCGUUUUCUUUGCUUGUACAUCUUCUCUCCUUCCCUGCUUGUUUCUGCCAUGUAAUAUAAUAAUUAUAAUGUGUAGGUUAUACAGGGGUAUGAUUAUAAUUUGUGUUUUUGUGACUGAAUCACUAGUACAUGUGAUGGGAACAGCAAGUCAUGUGGGUAGAUCAUAAAAAUUGAAUUGUAUCUUCAGUGACCAAUGGCAUGGUCAGUCCUGGCCAAGCAGCAAAGGAUCCCACAGCUGCUAACUCUGGGUGCUGCUUUGCCAGAUGGCAGGUUGAUAAGUUUCUAGUAGGAUGCAUUAGAACAAAUCCUACAAAAACCUUCUUACAUGGGAUAAUAUAAACAGGAAUACCUUAUUAUCCCUGAUUUAUCUGUUUGGAGGGUUUCUGCUUUGAUCUGUGGAGACUUUAUGAUUUGAAAGAGAAAAAUAAUUGAAAAAUAUUUUAUCUGGAGUUAUUUCAAUGCAAUUGGUCAUCAGGAGAUAAUUUGCCAGAGUCAAGUCUUAUAUCUCACCAGAGACAUCCAGGACUGGUCUAUAAAAAGCAUGGCAUUCCUGCUAGAAGAUGUUGUUGCAUAGUUUAUAUGUUAUUUUUCCUGAGAAAUCUCAGCCCAAGCAAAAGGAAGCCUGCAGGCCUCAAAUCUCCGUAGAAGGACCCAUUUACUAAUCAUCCUUUUUCUUCCCUCACAUAUGGGAAGAUAGUGAGGAGAAAUACUGGGGUGUUACAUGAAGACUCGAUAGAAAUCAAGCCACUCUACUUAAAUACUACUACAAACCUUGCAUUACACAGGAUACACAAGAGAAAAGAGGAUUGAUGGAACGUUAUAACCAGAGGACAAAAUCACGUAUGCAUGCAGCGUACUUGUGCUAUGGUAAAUAAAACCUUGGUGCUGAUUUUGAUUUCA